GCCAUGUUUGGGUUCUGCACUACGAAUUUAGCUCCCUGGCGGAAGGAGGUGCAGGGAGUGCUGCGCCGUGAGCUCCUGUGGGGAGCCGACCGGAGCACCAGCGAAGCCAGAAGCCGGGCCAUGGAUUCUGUGUCAUUUGAGGAUGUUGUCAUGAACUUCACCCAGGAAGAGUGGGCUUUGCUGGAUCCUUCUCAGAAAAAUCUUUUCAGAGAUGUGAUGCUGGAAACCUGCAGGAACUUCGCUUUUAUAGGAAACAAUUGUGAUGAUGAGACUAUUAAAGACCAUUUUAAAAAUUCUGGAAAAAAUCUAAGAAGAUCCAUGUUUAAGACACUCUGUAAGUAUAAAGAAGAUUUUGAGGAUGGCGAAACUUUCACGUGGAUAGCAAAUGCUGAUAUGAGCAUGAAAAUUUCUAGUGACCUAACACCAUGUGAAAGCAAUGUGCGUGGGACAAUUUCCAUGUGUCAUUCACCCUUCAAUAACCAUCAUCCCUCUCACUCUCAGUACAAACCGUACGAGCAUGAGGAGUAUGGAAACAAGCCUCAGAACUCUAACUCUUUCACAGGCUGUCAAAGGCAUAUGAAAACUCACACUGUGAAUGGACCUUUUGAAAAUAAGACGUGUUUAAAUUAUUUUGAUUUCCAAGGUUUUUUGGUAAUAGAUCAGGAAACACAUGGUACAAAAUUCCUCCAUCAAUUCAAAGAAUAUAGAAAGUCCUCUGCUGAUGGCAGUUCACUUCACACAUCUAGAGGAGCUCAAACUGUAAGAAAGCAUUAUCAAUGUAAUGUAUGUGGGAAACAGCUGAGUUCUUCUACUUCUCUUCAAGGACAUGAAAGAAUUCAUAGUUGUGAAAAACCCCAUGAAUGUAAACACAGUGAUAACAACUCUAGACAGUACAGUUUCCUUCAAGUAUAUGAAAAAGAUCUUACUGGAGAAAAACCCUAUGCAUGUAAAGAAUGUGGUAAGGCCUUUACACUAUACAGAUACCUUCAAGUACAUGAAAAAAAGCAUACUGGAGAAAAAACAUAUGAAUGUAAAGAAUGUGGUAAACUCUUGAGAUGUCACAGUCAUCUUCAAAGCCAUGAAAAAACACAUACUGGAGAGAAACCUUACAUAUGUAAACAAUGUGGUAAGGCCUUUACAUUUUCUAGAUCCUUACAUUUACAUGAAAGAAGACAUAAUGGAGAAAGACAGUAUGAAUGUAAACAAUGUGGUAAAACCUUUUUAUGCAAGAGUGAUCUUAAAAGACAUGAAAAAACCCAUACUGGUGAGAAACCCUAUGAAUGUAAACAAUGUGGUAAAGCCUUUAUAUGUAAUAGUGAUCUUAAAAGACAUGAAAAAACGCAUACUGGAGAGAAACCCCAUGAAUGUAAACAGUGUGGUAAAGCCUUUAUAUGUAAUAGUGAUCUUAAAAGACACGAAAAAACGCAUUCUGGAGAGAAACCAUAUGAAUGUAAACAAUGUGGUAGAACCUUUAUAUGUAAUAGUGAUCUUAAAAGACAUGAAAAAACGCAUUCUGGAGAGAAACCCUAUGAAUGUAAACAAUGUGGUAAAGCCUUUAUACGUAAUAGUGAUCUUAAAAAACAUGAAAAAACGCAUACUGGAGAGAAACCCUAUGCAUGUAAACAGUGUGGUAAAGCCUUUAGAUGUAAUAGUCAUCUUCAAAGGCAUGAAAAAACACACACUGGAGUGAAGCCCUAUGCAUGUAAACAAUGUGGUAAAGCCUUUGGAUGUCACAGUUAUCUUCUGUUACAUGAAAAAAUUCAUACUGGAGAAAAACCAUAUGAAUGUAAGCAAUGUGGUAAAGCCUUUAGAUAUCACAGUUAUCUUCACUUACAUGAAAAAAUCCACACUGGAGAAAAACCAUAUGAAUGUAAACAAUGUGGUAAAGCUUUUAGAUGGCAUAGUUACCUUCAGUUACAUGAAAAAAUUCAUACUGGAGAAAAACUAUAUGAAUGUAAACAAUGUGGUAAAGCCUUUACAUGGCACAGUUACCUUCAGAUACAUGAAAAAAUUCAUACUGGAGAAAAAGCAUAUGUGUGUAAACAAUGCGGUAAAACCUUUAGCGGUAAUCAAGGUCUUCAAAAACAUAAAAAGACUCACUGGAGAGAAAACCUAUGCAUGUAAACCAUGUGAAAAAGCCUUUAGACAGUCCAGUCACCUUUAUGUACAUGAAAAAGUUCUUACUGGAGAACAAUCAUAAGACUGUACAUUGUGGUAAAACCUUUAGAUGUCAGAGUUCUAUUCAGUUACAUGAAAAAGUUCAUACUGAAGAAAAAAAGCUGUGCAUGUAAACAAUGUAGUAAAGACUUCAGAUGUCACAGUGAUGUUCAAAGACAUGAGAAGUUCAUACUAGAAAAAACCCUGUGAAUAGAACUUUGUGGAAAAAUCUUUAGACAUCACAGUCUUUACGUGAAAAAAAUCAUAUUUUAGCAAACUUAUGAAUGCAAACAGGGUGGUAAAACCUUUAGAUGUCAUAGUUACCUUCCUUUAUGUGAAAGUUCAUGUUAGACCAAAACACAAUGGGUGAAAGCGAUAUAAGUCCUACAUAUGGUACAUUUAUCUUAAAUUACAUGAAAAAAUUCAUACUGGAGAAAAAUCUUGUUACAAAGAGUGUGGAAACCUUUACAUUUCAUAGUUCCUUGCAAUUACAAGAGGCUAAGAACUCUCAAACCUCUAAGAAUAAAGAACAGGGGCAAGGAUUGAGCUGCGAGAGUUCCCAGUAGCAACAGUGUUGAGUGAGGUUUUUUCUGGAGAUACCUGAGCAAAUGUCUAAUCACUGGAGACAGGAAACUAAU